AUGUCCAAAGAAACAGAGGAACCUCCGUUGCUAGUGGAUGAAUCAGUCAUCGGUAAGGAUGAAUUACAACGAAAUAAAGAACCAGCAUGCCUUGACGAAAAGGAGCUUGACGCCAUUGGAAAGGAAGCUGUUGCUUCAGGUAUUGGAAACGAAAGUUCACCAUCAAAGUCUGAUCAAGGGAAUGUCGGUUAUAAACCAGUUCCCGUGACGAUUUUGACUGGAUUCUUAGGUGCAGGGAAAACAUCCCUGUUGAAAUGCAUUCUUGAAAAUGCGCAGGGAAAGCGAGUCGCCGUCUUAAUGAACGAAGUCGGAGACUCCGGUGACUUAGAACGAAACUUAAUGGAAGAAGCUGGUGGAGAAGAGCUUUAUGAAGAAUGGGUUAGUCUAUCGAACGGGUGUAUGUGUUGUACUGUGAAAGACAGUGGUAUCAAAGCAAUCGAACAACUGAUGGAGCAGAAAGGAAAGUUUGACAGCAUAGUGAUUGAAACCACCGGGGUUGCCAAUCCAGGUCCCUUAGCCCAGACGUUUUGGCUCGACGAUGCAUUGGGUAGCGAUGUACAGCUGGACGGUGUUGUAACGGUGAUCGAUUGUCAAAACCUUGACAACAUCCUCAACGAUAGCACCGAAAUAGGUAGCAUUCAGAUCAGCCAUGCUGAUUGUCUUGUCCUAAACAAAACAGAUAAAGUAGACACGACAGAACUAGAGCGAAUUUACCAUGUUGUCCGCUCCAUCAAUCCCCUCGCCAAGGUUUGUGAAACAAGCUAUGGGCGGAUUCACGAUAUUCAAGAAAUCCUGAACCUGAACGCAUAUCGAGAAAGCGAGGACUUUCAAAAGUUUCUGGUUCCUUCGACUCCCCAUACUCACAAUUGCCAUGAUGUUGGACAUGACAAAGUAUGUACGAGUAAGACGCCUGUAACUAGUAUAACAAGUCGGACAUUUGAACUACCAAGGAGGAUGUCUGCUGAUGUUUAUGAACGAUGGCUACAAUGGAUACGCGGAAUUUUAUGGUUCUGUUUAGAAACUGGUGAAGGCGAAGAAUAUAUGAUAUAUCGAAGCAAAGCCUUACUUGAGAAGGAAGAUGGUUCGUGGCAUGUAAUGCAGGGAGUCCGUGAAGUUUUUGAAGUAUUACCUCUACCAAAGCCUGCAAAACUAGAUUCUGGUGCAGAGCUGAAACCUAUUACUGUUUUAAUCGGCAAGAAUCUUAAUCGCAUCCCCCCAUUUUUGGCAUAG